UCGAGAUUUUAGUGAAUGCUGAAAAAAUUUUUACAUUUGCUGAAGGCUUUUGUAAUGAACAAAAAGAAACGAAAUUUAUAUUUGUUCCUUUUUUUAAAGAGAAACAACGUAAUUUAGUAUAAACCCAUAAUUUUACUAUUUUAUAAUUUUGAUAUCAAAGUUCUAAGAUGUGAAAUAGUUUAUUUCAAGUAUCUGUUGUAUUAAUUGAUCAAAUAAUUUUAUGUCUAAUACAUAUUUCAGUAAAUUUUACAAAAGAGUCCAAAAAAUCUUGAAUUCUGAGACCUGUUGUCAGCAAGCUCAUUCGAACAGUUCAGCUAAAGUUAGUCGGAUUUCCGAAUCCUUGCGUCCGGAUAUUAAAAAUCACUAUUAUUAUUUAAAUGUAAUUCCUACAGCAUUAGAACUUCGUAAAUCAAAAAAUACAAAUGAACCAGAACUACACUUAAAAACAAGUAAAAUACGUUCAAACACAUUAAAUUUUUUAGAAAAUUUAUGUCCGCAAAUAGAAAAUUUAAAUUUAGAUAAGAAAUAUAUAAAAAAUAUUACAGUAAAUAAAGCGGAAAAAAAUCCAGAUAUUAUUUUCCAUUUGAAUUCAGAAAAUUUUUAUAAAGACUCAUUAACUAAUACUGAAGAGUUCCUUAAAAUGCAAAUAAAUAAACCGCAAAAAGUAGUCGUUGAAUUCAGCUCGCCAAAUAUAGCAAAACCAUUUCAUGUAGGUCAUUUAAGAUCAACAAUAAUUGGAAAUUUUAUAGCUAAUCUUAAUAAAACUUUAGGAAAAAAUGUAAUUAAAUUAAAUUAUCUUGGUGAUUGGGGAACACAAUUUGGAUUAUUACAAAUCGGAGUUGAACUAAGUGGUUUAACUAAUGAAGAAAUACAAAAAAAUCCAAUUGAAAAUUUAUUUAAAGCCUAUGUAAAUGCAAAUCGUUUAGCUAAUAAUGAUCCAAAAAUUGCUGAUAAAGCGAGAGAUAUUUUUAAAAAACUAGAAGCUGGAGAAUUAGACUUAAAAAGAUGGGAAAAGUUUCGUAAGUAUACCAUUACAGAACUUAAAAGUAUAUACGAACGCUUAGGUGUUCAAUUUGAUGACUAUGAUUGGGAAUCACAGUAUAAACAAAAAGAUAUUUGUGAUAUUGUUGAGAAAUUACAAAAGAAAGGAAUCCUUAUAAAUGAAGUUGAUGGUAGACAAAUUGCUAUAAUUGGUGACAGAAGAAUACCUGUAAUUAAAAGUGAUGGUUCUACCCUAUAUUUAGCUAGAGACGUUGCUGCGUUAUUAGAUAGAUUUGAAAGAUAUAAAUUUGAUUCAAUUUAUUAUGUUGUUGAUAAUUCUCAGACUGAUCACUUUAAAGCAUGCUUCGGAAUUGCUGAACAAAUUGAGCAAAAUGUUUCUAAAAAAUUAAAUCAUAUUAAAUUUGGAAGGAUAAAAGGAAUGAGUACUAGACAGGGUAAUGUAGUAUUUUUAAAGGACGUUUUAAAUGAAGCUAGAGAUAUAAUGAUACAAAAGCAAAAAAAUAGUCCUACAACAAAAAUUGAUUUAGAUAAUAUGGAUGUAAAUACUGCUGAUGUACUUGGUAUAUCAGCAGUAAUUAUAAAUGAUUUAAAACAGAGGCGUCAACGAGAUUAUUUAUUUUCUUGGGAUAAUGCACUGCAAGCAACUGGAGAUACUGGUGUUAAACUUCAAUACACACAUUGUCGUUUAUCUAAUUUAAUAUCGGAAAAUUCUACAAUUGAAAAAGCAAAUACACCCAAACUUGAAUAUUUACGAGAAUCAGUAGCACAAAAUUUAAUUCUUGAGAUAGCAAAAUUUCCCGAAGUUAUAAUCAAAUCACAUCAAGAAUUGGAAUCAUGUAUUCUUGUUAAUUACUUAUUUUCGUUAUGCAAUACAACUAGUCGAGCUCUAAAGUAUUUGAAUAUCAAAAAUGAAAAAUGUUUUGAAAGUCAAUCGCAACGUUUGCUUCUUUUUGAAACAUCAAGACAAAUUUUAAAUAAAGGAAUGAAAAUUUUAGGCUUAAAACCUUUAACAAAAAUGUAA